AUUCACAUCUGGCCAGCAAGCACAAACCAAGAAAGAGACCGACCCAUGGCGCCAUCCAAGUCCCAUCUCGCCUGCUUGUUCCUCGCCCUCGCCCUAGCCGUCCUGACCGCCGCCGCGUCCGAGCCUUCGCUUUCGGCGGCCGUGACGGCCAGGGCGCCCGCUCCCUCCCCCAACGGCGACUUGGUAGCGAAACCAUCGGCAUGGGGAUGGACAUGGUGCAUCAUCCCCUGCUUUUCGUUUAUACCAGAGAUAUUUUGUAUACCACCAAUAUUCUGUCCACGGACGCCGCCACCACCGCCGCCAUCACCGCCGCCCCCGCCACCACUGAAGCCUCAGCCGAAGGAGUGCCGGACGCCGCUGAUGGGGCUGAUGCCGUGCAAGGAUUUCCUCACCAGCAGCACCGCGCCGGAGCCUCCAAAGCAGGGCAAGUGCUGCGACGGCCUCAGGUCGCUUGUCCAAGACGCUCCCAUCUGCCUUUGCCGCAUACUGGAGGGCACCGACCUCGACAAGCUCAUGUCGGCGACCGUGGAUAGAGAGAAAUUCAUUCGUACGAUGAUCAUCUGCGACUCGAGUCCGGGUGAAUUUGGUUCUUGUGAAGGACCCGUGCCACCGAUGACGAUGAGGGCCGCACCUACACCUAAAGCUGCUCCAUAAUCGGGCAGAUCAGAGCCAUCGUCGUCAUUCGUAGCAGCAUUACAGGAACAAGAUGCAUGCAUGGAAGCUGAAGAUGGCAUACGUCAAGAUCCGUUAGCAUCAUUCUUAGAAGAGAUAGUGCUACUUGUUAGUUCGAUUUAGGGAGAAUGUGUAGCUUCAUUUGUGAGAAAACAAAUUAUUUGUCACCGUUCAACUGUUUGUUUCUUUAUAAAUGUGUGCAACCGAUGUUUACGUCUUCGA